UCGUUACCCCAACUCUUCUAGAAAAACACGUCAGCUUUUCACAGCCAUUCGGAAAAGAACACGUCAGCAGAAAGGAAAACUGGUCGUUCGAUAUUGCAAAGGUGGAUGAGAAAAUUGCGUGAGACGGAGCCAGAAAAGCCCGAGUCGGCGGCGAUGAAGAGAUUCAAACCAGCAGAGCGUCCGAGAAGCGCAGUCGAAGUUCAUGAGACGACCUAAAACAAGCAAAAGUUAAAAUACGCUUUUACGAUGCAAAUCUGAGUGGAAAGUCGCUUUUCACAAUUGCACACAGCACACAGCAGUUUAUCAUUUAGCCCCGAACCAGUUAAAUAUGGCACCCACAGCAAAUACAGUGCUAAUUACCGUGCCGCGGACAGCAAUCACAUCGAAUAAUUUGCCCAAACUGCGUCCCGCCCCCCUUACAACAGCUCUGCUGAAGGCGGCGGCCACGCCCUCCGCCUCGCCCACGCCCUCGAGUUCGGGAUACGCAUCCUCGUCGAACAUGGACGAGGAUAACAUGGGUGCAUCCCAGCCCAAGGCCAAGAAGCGUCGCCUGGACCAUCUAACCUGGGAGGAGAAAGUGCAAAGAAAGAAGCUAAAGAACCGUGUGGCCGCACAGACAUCGCGUGACCGAAAGAAGGCACGCAUGGAGGAGAUGGACUACGAGAUCAAGGAGCUGACAGACAGAACGGAAAUACUACAGAACAAGUGCGAUAGCCUGCAGGCCAUCAACGAGUCACUGCUGGCCAAGAACCACAAGCUGGACUCUGAGCUGGAUCUGCUCCGCCAAGAACUCGACGAACUAAAGAAGCAACAGCAGCACAACACCAGAUGCAUCAGCCAAUCCAACGCCAGCGCAGGCGCUGAGGGCUGUGCGUCCACCAACCUUGGAUGCAGCAUCCAAAGCUGACCCUCUGCCGCAGGGUAUACAACAGGUGGACACACAGUCGUCAGUGCGUCUACUGGCGGAGCAGCUGAAGAGCAGCAAGAGCCUGGCCUCACUCUGGAAAGUUGUGGCCCUCUGCCUACUCUACAAGACAUGCUUGGGGUCGACGAAGAGUUCGACGUCAAGCGCCUCGAAGAGCUGGCCGAAAGUUUGCUCGCAGAUAUCACAGCAGACCUGGAAACAGGCGCUGGAGCGAGCAGCCCAGCUGCUGCCCAAGAUGCAGGCAACGCAGAGCGAUUGCUUGGACCAAUGGUGGGGUCCGCAGCAGAGCGCCUGGAAUCCGACGGGCAUAGAGCUAAUGGCCUGAAGAUUAAGCAGGAACAGCAAACCGAGCAUAGCCUAAAUGUGCAGGUGUUGGAGAUAAAUGGAAACCCACAGAAUACAAUAGCAGCGCCAGCCUCGAGAACAGCCACAACCACAGCGACAGCGGCCGCCUCUCAACUACAAGCCACUCCGGACACAGUGUACGGCACUUACGAUGCCAAGACGAACUCGAUCACCAUCGUGAUGGACGGGGAUGCGGUGCCGGUGAACGAGGCCGUCGAGGAGAUCUACUGUGACGGCGUCAGCGCUGGCGACGACUCAACGGACGUGAUCAUGAAGUGUCCGCCGCCAGCGACGUCUCCGUCACAGGUCUACCUCAACGUGAUGAACGCCACCGCCGAUUCGGACGACGAGGAAUGUUAUGAUCCCAUCGACCGAUUCCUACGUCCGCGCGUCAAGGCGAUCUGCCCGUUGGCCAAAUCCCCCUCACUGUCCCUACACUCGGCCACCUCGGACCAUGGAUACGAGUCCAUACUGGGCUCCCCCACGUCCGUGGCUCUCACUCUGCCCGCAGAUGAGGAUGAUUUCCCCUGGGAGAGCAACUUCGAUGAGCUGUUCCCCAGUUUAAUCUGAGUUUUCCAAGCUGAAAACUUCGUUCUGUCUCUCUUAUAUUGUUAAGUUUGCCCGGCAGCCGUUUGUUUAAGUGUUUUAGUUGAUAGGCUGUAUAUACAUUUUUAAUCGAAGGCUUUAUAUAUGAUACUGUAGUUAGAGCGCUAAGUUUAGCUGUAGGUUUCCAUUUAUAUUUAACAAUCUCUAACCACUUAGGCUUUUGAUUACUUAUAUGUAUUGUGCUCAAAGAAUUUGCAAAAACAUUUGAAAAAAAAAAUAUUCAAAAUAUAAACCAAACCAGACAACAA